AUGGCUCACACUAUAUGCAUCCUGCUUGCUUGUGCCUUAUUGGGACAUUUUACUUCUGAAGCAACAAUUACGAUCAAUAGUAUCACUUGGGCCAACUGUGAGGGAGAAAGCCUCCCUGGGAAAAUUAAAAGUCUCUCUGUUAGCCCAGAUCCUGUUUCCAUACCAGGCGAUGUGACCAUCUCUACAGUCCUUGACACUACUGUACCACUGGCUUCUCCACUCCAGAUUGUCAUUAAUGCAGAAAAGGAGCUGCUGGGUGAAUGGAUAACUGUGCCCUGUGUGGAUAAAAUUGGGAGCUGCACUUACAAUAACGUCUGCGACUUGCUGAAUCUGGUGUUUCCACCAGGAAAGGAAUGUCCUGCACUUCUGCGUUCCUAUGGACUCCCCUGCCAUUGCCCAUUCAAAGCAGGAUCCUACUCACUGCCAGACACCACUCUCAAAAUACCAAAUAUCUCCCUCCCAUCCUGGCUCGCCACUGGUAGUUAUAAAGUAACUGGAAUCCUGAAGGCUGGAGACAAAGAGAUUGGUUGUGCCAAGUUCACCUUUUCUCUGGAUGAGUCCUCCUCAUGGUGGUGGUGA